GUGUACUGGGGAGACGAGAGAGGCACGGCGUCAGCAGCCUCCUGCUUCCCCAGCCCCGAGCCCACGGCCUGGGCUGCACCAGCCCAGCCCCAGGGGGACCAGAUGCCCAUCGCCCCUGGCACCUGGGCUCUGGCACCUGCCUGGCCUGGCUGGGACCCCCCAGCCCCCACUCCUUAACUCCCCGCUCCGCUCUGCUGCCGCUCAGGUGGGGCCCCUAUGCCCGCUCCCGGCUCUGCCUGCUGGGGCAGGGCAACAGAUGCCAGGGGGUGCCCCCCGACCCCUCUUACCUUCCUGAAGAAGACACCUGGGGGGAGAAGGAGAUGGGUCGUGGAGCAGCUCCUGGUACGGCUGGGCCCCGACCAGGCGGGAGGCUGGCUGGCGCUGUGCACUGAGGCCCGGGACACAGCCCUGGGCAGGAGCCAGCUCCAGUGCGUGACCAGUGUUGCCGCCCAAGGUCCCUUUGGUGCCCGGAGCCUUGGCGAGCAAGUCUGGAGAGACGCGGGCGGGCGGCUGGCCGAGCUCCCUGUGCAGUGGAUCAGCCCACGGGACGCCCGUGCGUGCUGCCACGAGCUGCUGGCUCCCGACGCGCUCCGGCUGGCCUUCCAGGUGGAGGAGGAGCCUGGGGAGCUACGAGCCGCCUGCCAGGCCCUGCAAAGCUUCAUCCACCGGGUCAGCCUCCUGCGUCCCAAGAUGAGGUUUCACUACUGCGUGAACGUGCAAGGCGCCAUCUCUGCCCAGACCUACUGCGAGCCAUCACAAGCUGGCGUGUGUGUCCUGAACGGGACUGAGCUCGUGGCUGACUGGAGGCAUUAUAUACAGCCAGGGCCCCCCGGUACCCCUGUGCCCUGCAGGAAGCUGCACCCGGUGCUGGGCCGUGCUACCCGCCUGCUGCUCCCUGCUGCGGUGGCUGAGGCCGGCAUCAGCGGGGAGCUGAGCCUUGUGCCAGCCGCUGCCUUGUGCCCCUGCCUGCGGCCGCUGCCCAACCAGCCCGCCCAGCUCAACACCGUCUCUGUAUUUUGCUACGACCCAGCUGGGCUGCCCCUGCCGGCCACGUUCCUCAGAGACCCGGCGCACCUGGCAGACUGGGAGAGACAUGGCUACGUGGCCACACCAGAUCCAGGGCCAGACCCCAAAGAAGGCCUCGCCAGGCCAGACGCCGGCUACCUGCUGCAUCGGGGCGGCGGGGAUGCUGCGGAGCCGGGUGCGCAGCCCCAGACCCUGCUGCUCUUCCUGCUGCUGCGCUACGCAGACCCCUUCCAGGACCCGCCGGUCUGCGAUGCCCGGACCCAGCAGGUGCUCGUGUCCCACGUGGAGCAGAUCCUGGGGUGCAGCGCAGGGGCAGUGAGGGAGGCCGUGCAGGGGGUCGUGGAUGCCGCGCUGGAGGAGGAUGCCCACAGGCAGAGGAGCCAACGCCGGCUGUGCCAGGCCCUGCCUGUGGUCUUGGAGGCCGUGUCCAGCGUGGUGAGCAGCAGCACCAGCGCCCGCUUCCGGAGGGCUUGUCUGCAGAGCUGGCAGGUCUCAGAUACCCCGGAGCUGGUGGUGGCGCUGAGCGGGGCCCUGACGGGCGUCACACGGAGGCGGCGCCUGCCCCGCAGCUCCUGCACUGACCCAGGGCCCCCAUGGGCUGGGUCCCCCCCAGGGCAGCCACCCUUACCAGAGGAAGCAUCCAGGGACAUUGGGACCCCCAGAUCUGAGCCAGCGGGAGAAGCUGCAGGGGCAGGACCAGAGCCCAAGCAGAGCAGGAGGGCAAGCGGGACUCCGGAGCAGGGCCAAAGCAGGGACGGAGCUGGGAGCAGCCAGGAUCUGAGUCAGGCCGACGAGCUGUGGCUGCAGGAGACGCGGAGCCUGUCCGAGUGGGCGUCCUAACGCGCCCCGACUCCCCCAGCCCUGCCCCUGCCCCUGCCCCCGCCCCCGCGCGCCCAAUAAAGAGCAUUGCCCGCGGGCUGUCAGCGGCAUCACUGCUGGGGUGCAGGGCAGGAGCGGGCGGGACCCCCCAGCCUCCUCCCCCGCAGGGGCCGGCGGCUGGGCUGGGGCGGCAGAGGAGAGCGCGAGGGGGCGGCGUGGGGGCUGGCGAUGGGGUCGGGGCAGCGGCAGGCGGCGGAGGCGUGGGGGUGCGCGGCGGGGGGCCCUGGAGGCGGCAGGG